CCAACACUCUAUAUCGGGUGUUUGACCCUGACUCCGGCAAAUAAGAAGAACAGAGAGCAACAGAGUAUCAAAACAUUUCGUCUCAAUUUCUAAAUCCCAAAUCUUUCUUCUUAAAUUCAGUUUCUCUCCCCGUCGAAUCUCUCUCGUCGGCGUUCUAUGGCGUCCAGUUUCACCAUGUUUUCAAAAACCCUAACUAGAAGCUAACAGUCUCUGUGUUUUUUAAUUUUGUUUUCAAAAAACCCUUUUUUUUGUUAAUUUGUUUGUAUUUUUUUUUGUUUCAAUCUUGUAAUAAGUGUUGCAGCUCGGAUUGAUGUGCUCAUUGUAACAACAAUGGGAGAUUCCUGGGACCAGAACAAACUGUUUGUCGGUGGCGUUUCGCGGGAGACCACUGGAGAUAGUUUGAAAUGCCAUUUCGAGAAAUACGGUGCCGUUUUGGCCUCCGAAAUCACCAAGGAUCGGCUCACUGGCCUUUCCCGAGGCUUUGCUUUCGUCACAAUGGCUGAACCUUCUGGGGUUGAGUCUGCUCUUCAAGACUCCCAUGUUAUUUGUGGAAGAACGGUGGAAGUGAAAAGAGCAAUUCCUAGAAGCGAGCAAGCAAACAGGCAACUGAUUAGUAGGGGAUUGGAUAAGAAUGGCAAGGAUAGCUUUACGACUGACCAGCAAAACUUUAGGACGAAGAAGAUCUUUGUAGGGGGUUUAUCUGCUAAUCUGACGGAGGACGAAUUCAAGAAUUAUUUUGAGAAAUUUGGUAGGAUUACUGAUGUUGUUGUAAUGCAUGACAAUGUGACCCGUAGGCCUAGAGGCUUUGGUUUUAUAACUUUUGCAUCAGAGGAUGCUGUUGACGAAGUUGUGCAGAAUACUUUUCACAAACUGAAUGAUAAAGAAGUGGAAGUGAAGAGGGCUGUACCGAAAGAGAGCAGCAGUGGCAGGGCUAAUGGUUAUACUGCAAGGCCAGAUAAUGGUAGAUUGAUUAACUACAAUAACCAUCCAGGAAGUUUGCCAACUUUCAGUCCUGGCUAUGGGCCUUUUCCUAGCUAUGGUUCGGUUCCUGGUUAUGGAGGUAUUGCCGGGUACCCUUAUGGUCCUUACCUUAUUGGCGGUGGUUAUCCUUAUGGAGGAUACCCAGGAGUUGGAGCUGGUUAUGGUGUUGUUCCAUGGUAUGGCACAAGGACAGAUGGCCCUAACUUUAGCACCGUUCCUCCUCCCUUUCGGAUAUGAUGGUAUGGUGGUAUAUUUGACAAUGUGGAAACUCAAGUUGGGAGGUUACGCUGUUGUGUAAAGAACCCUAGAUUCAACUCUGAUUGAUACCUGUGGUGACUUCAAUGUUGAUAGCUACAUGAGAUUGGAGAAAGGGUAUGCAAGACUUUUGCUUUUUAUGUAACAUUUUCUAUGUUGACUUGGUCCUUAAUGUAAACAUGUAACGUUACAUGUAAUAUAUGGAUUUCGUUAAACAUUCAGUUUUUAGAUGUUUCUCAUUGUCAUAUUGCUUUUGGUUUGUUGGGUGUGUCGAUUUUCAAAUUGCAUUAUUUUAUUUUAUUUUUACGCCCGGUGUUUUGGAAGAAGUUUGGUUGAUGUUGAAGAUACUUGGUUAGUUUAUCAGGCAGAGCCGGGAGACAAUUGAAUGGUUACAUGAUCGUAAUCAUGCGAUGUGGUAACUGUGGAAAUGAUUUUUAAAGCAAUGAAUGAAGUUAUGAUUUCUAUUAGUGGUAA